AUGGGUCCUCUUCCAGAGUAUUUGGUUGGGAUGUUCCAAAACACAAGUCUGCCUCAAAUACGGCCUCAAAUCGGGCAGACUUGUGGUUGGCCCACCACUGUCAUUUGGGCGCUUGCCCGAUUUGCCGCAUAUUUGCCCCACUUGCCCCACUUGCCCUGCUCCACCCGGCUCCACCCCGCUCCACCCCGCUUGCCCUGCUUCCCCACUUUCCCCACCUGCCCCAAGCUUCAGCGCGGGUCACGGGAGGGGGGGGGGGAAAGCGGGUGCAAGUGGGGCAAGUGGGGCAAGCGGGGCAAGCGGGGCAAGCGGGGCAAGUGGCAGAAAACAGAUCCGCCUGAGUUCUGGGCCCGGCUGAAUGACCUAGUGAGCUUGAAGCACCAGCAGGGCGUCGCAGGCUGUGUGGAAGCACUGAACGGAGUGAACUUUUCCCAAGCGAUGGCUGUUGGACAUGACAUGCUGCUGGAUACUCCGCUAGCAGAACACUUCCUGGACUUCUAUGCAGUCGCGCCCUUUUCCAAGGUGGUCUUGACCACGCGCGGUGCUGCAGACUGGGUCAAGUCCCGCAUACAGUUUGACAGAACGCUAGCCGCGCCGAUGCACAGUCCCUGCGGUCUGACCCUGGAUGAGAUCAACGCCGACGUGGCCACGCGCCUCUAUGAGGCACACGAGCGCCUGGUGCACUGCAUGGUUCCGGCGGAGAAGCUGAUGGAGAUCAACGUGUUCGACUCUCCUGUUGACGUGCCGGCGUUGAUGAGCUUCCUGGGCUGGCCAGAGCCGCAGUUCGCGCCGCUGUAUCCUCGCAUCGGGGAAGUGGAGGCGGGCUCCAGCCGCUACGAAGAGGAGGAGAACUACCUCAUCUGCAUUACUGGUCAGAUACGCCGAUUGGAGCUCAAGACGAAGGUCGAGAACCUCUUCCUUCCCCUCGCAGCAGCGGGCUAUAAUGUCCUGGUCGCGCUGGUCCUAGAUCCACGGCAGGAGCCGAAGUACAUCAAUCGCCCAGCAGGAGAGUGGCAUGAGGACUACCAGGUGACGGAUGGCAACUUCACCACACUCGCGCAAGCUGCGGAGAUGCUGCCGAAGUCCAUCAACCUGAUUGCCGACCCCUUCAUCCCGCACGACUAUCCCGUGGACGAGCGAUACGUCGAGGAUCUGUAUCAGACCAUGCCAUGGAAAGGCCGGGACAUGGCCCGAAGCAGAGGGCAGUCCCACAUGCGGCAGUGGGAGACCUUGCACCGCUGUUCUCAGCUUCCCUGGGGUCCUGGGAAGCACAUGAUGAGACUUCGAGAUGACGAUGUCGUCAUGGAACCCUUCGUUCCCCCGAGCAUGCUGGAGGAGAACACGCUCUAUGUGCCGAAGUGCAACCCCUGCUAUGGCGUGAACGACAAGUUUGCCCUCGCAGUCGGCCGAGGAACGGCGCAGGCUUACCUCACACUUCCGUUGCAGACGGUGCGCUGGGACUUCGAUCGACUACAGAAGCAGCUGCAGGGACGAGAGCCACACAGAUCUCCCGAACAGGUGCUGGACACAGUGCUGAACAUGAGCGGGGUUGCUGUAAAGUUGCUGGAGAAAGAUGAGCUCCCCAUCUUGCCGGCAAAGAACAUGCGAAAGGACAACGUAACCUACCUUUGCUACUUUGUUGGUUCCGAUGCCUGGCGAGACUGCAUCUCCCAGGCAAGGCUCGAGCGCCUGCAGGCAGAAGGCUUCUCCAUCGAGCAUACGCACGAGCCGAAUCCGGAGUUCUACUGCGAGAGCACGCCUCAGCGCUUCCUCCUGCAGCCUUGA